CAGGUGAAGAAACUGGCCAACACCCUGAUGCACUUCCCGACAUGGGUGGACCUGAAGGGUGAGGACGCUGUUCCGGAGACAGUACACCAUGUGGUGGUGCCUGUCGACCCACAGGCGGACCAGGCCUGGAAGAACUACCGCAAACACGUUCAGACCGACGGCGUCCAUGCAAGGGAUAAUUGCAGUCCUAGCGCCAAUUCAGCUGAAAUGCUGUCAGAGGCAGUGAAAAUGAUGAAAGGAGAGUACGCUGUGCAUGCAAUCAACAAACACAAAAUGGACAAAGCAAUCAUCUUCUGUCGCACCAAAUUGGAUUGCGACAAUCUGGAACGCUAUUUCAAUCAAUUAGGUGGCGGGCCUCAAAACCGUAACAACCCCUACUCGUGUGUCUGCCUGCACGGGGAUCGCAAACCUCAUGAACGUAAAUCCAAUCUGGAGAGAUUCAAAAGAAGUGAAGUGAAGUUCCUCAUCUGCACCGAUGUUGCCGCGAGGGGUAUCGAUAUCACUGGAUUGCCUUUCAGUAAGUUCAAACUUUCUACCGAAUCAAAUAUUGAUUGUGUCAAGUCGACGGGUCGUAAUUGACCAUCUAAUGCCGGA